AUGAUUAGAUAUGAUAUUUUGAGUGUUUGGUGCAUGUUUCUCGUGUAUUUCUUUUUGUUAUCCCUGACAAAGGACACAGUUUUUGCCCAGGAGUUAAGGCGUCCUGCUCCAGAAUUCAGUAAACAUAGAUUAGUGCAACCGGUGGUUCAUCAUGGGCGGACGAAACGAGAAAUUUCCUCUACGAGGGAUUCGACAGGCGCACAUCAUUCAGAGGUGACAGUGAAGGUUGACAUAGAAGGCGAAGAGUACGUGCUGGAUUUAAGACUGAAAGAGGACCUGGUGUCCGACAACCACAUUCUCAGCUACCAGAAGAAUGGGGAGACUGUGUUACACAAACCCAAAAAAGAGGAACUAGACUUAUGUCAGUAUUCUGGCAAGAUUCGGGGCCGGCCAGACUCGUGGGUGGCCAUAUCAACAUGUCACGGGUUCCAAGGUGUCGUCUACAACGGCAAAAAAAUGUUGUACAUAGAGCCUGCUAAAGACGAUGAGAUCACCUCUCAGCACUACGUCUAUGACCAUUCGGACCUCACGACCCACCACCGCUGCGGCUACGACGGUGGCGUCACCAACAACACCCACUUCGACCCGCAACUAAUGGAGAAACAUAUCAAAAAACGAAAUGUUGAGCGCGGCAGAAUCAAUCGGUAUAAACGCGAGGCGUACGAAGACACGGAGGUGCGGGGCCCGUUCAACGCUAACAAGCUGUCGCGCUACGUGGAACUGGUGCUGGUGGCCGACAACCGCGAGUAUAAAGCGAACGGCGAAAACAUACGGACAGUGCAUCGACAACUGAAGGCCGUCGCUAAUAUUAUCAAUUCCGUAUACUCGCCGUUGAACAUCUUCAUAGCAUUAGUGGGCGUAGUGGUGUGGAACGAGCGAGACGAAAUACAAUUAGAGGAGAACGGUGAUAGGACUCUAACGAACUUUCUUGUGUACAGGAGAAUGCGACUGUUAUCAGAAAUACCCAAUGAUAAUGCACAUUUAUUAACCCGCCAAAAAUUCCAAGAGGGCGUCGUUGGUAAAGCUCUGAAAGGGCCAAUUUGCACUUUUGAAUUCUCCGGAGGUGUUGCGACCAACCAUUCAGAGGUCAUAGGGCUCGUGGCUACAACGAUAGCGCAUGAAAUGGGCCAUAACUUCGGCAUGGAACACGACACUGAGGAGGAUUGCGAGUGUCCCGACGAAAAGUGCAUCAUGAGCCCGUCCAGUACGUCCGUGAUGCCCAUACACUGGUCAUCUUGCAGCUUGAGGUCCUUGGCGCUGUCGUUUGAGAGGGGCAUGGAUUACUGUCUAAGGAACAAACCGAAGCGUCUGUUCGAGUCGCCGACUUGUGGGAACGGGUUCGUGGAGCCAGGAGAGCAGUGCGACUGCGGGCUGGGCGAGGAGAAGACGCGCGCAGCGUGCCUGGCCUGCUGCGAGCCCACCACAUGCAUGCUGCGCAGCAACGCCAGCUGCGCUGCGGGGCCCUGCUGUGACUUCCAGACAUGUAGACCGAAGUCGGCGGGAACGGUCUGUCGUUCAGCGGAACGCGAGUGUGACCUUCCCGAAUAUUGCACGGGACAUUCGGAGUUCUGUCCGAAAGAUGUAUACCGGAUGGAUACCACGCCUUGCGGGAACAAUGAGGCAUACUGCGUGCGAGGUGCGUGCCGCUCGCACUCGGACCAGUGCCGGCUGCUGUGGGGCGCCACCGGCGAGAGCUCCGACAACCGCUGCUACACCUCCACCAACGUCAAAGGGACCAAGAACGGCAACUGCGGCUACGACCGCGUGCGGCAGAUCUUCCGGCCGUGCGCGAGCGCGGACGCGCGCUGCGGGCUGCUGCAGUGCCGCCACCUCAACGAGCGCCUGGAGUUCGGCAUGGAGUCCGUCGCGCAGCUCUCCGCGCUCUUCAUCAACAACAACGGUACAAUAAUUCCGUGCCGCACGGCCAUAAUAGACUUGGGCUUGAGCGAUGUCGACCCUGGUAUGGUCCCGGACGGCGCAAAGUGCGGGGAGGAUAAGAUGUGUCUAAAUCAGAAGUGCGUUAACGUGGAAGCGAUAAGAGAAGCCAUAGCGAAGAAAGAGACAGCUGUAUGUCCCUCCAAUUGUUCGGGACACGGCGUUUGUAACUCUGAAGGCCACUGUCAUUGCGACGCCGGGUUUGCUCCCCCAUUGUGCGCCUUGCCCGGUCCCGGAGGCUCUUAUGAUUCUGGACCUGCUUCGGAUUCCAGCGUUCAAAGAAACUUCAUGGUGGCGAUGUACGUGAUAUUCCUGGGCAUAUUGCCGUCGAUCCUGUUGAUGCUGUUCCUGAUAUAUUACUCAAGGCUCAACGUGCUGAUGUGGUGGAAGAAACCAAGGAAAACUGUACAGUCACCGAAGAAAGGUAGUUUGCAAAGACGUCUAUCACGCAGCGCAAGCAAAUUCGCCGCCAAUUUCCAAAAUGGCAACCAGAACAACGCCCAACCGGUCAGUGUGCACACCCUUUCCAAUCCGGACGAUAUGAGCUCUAGUCUCCUACGAAGUGACUCGGACCGCAGUCCUACAGGAAAUCUAAACCCGUCUGUCAACUUCUUCGGCAAUUUUAAGGGCUUUUCGCUUACGCCCAUCGACAAAAACCAGCAACAGAACGAGAAAGAUGACACAGAAAUCGCACCGAGCACAGGAAAAGACAAAGUCAAGAACACAACUGAGAGUGCUAAUGCUAAAAGCGCUAAAAUUACUCCCGUCCAUAGAAGCAGUAGCAAUAACCAGAACUUAAUCAACCAGAGUAUUCUAAAACCUGUGUUGAGAUCCGCACCUCCGUUACCCGUCGUACCCGCAACAACAAAAACGAGCCCCAAAAACAGUCCGUCCGUUAAAAGAACUAACAGUUCAGUCCAGAACAGAAUAAAGGCUUUAAUGAGUUCUGAGAAAACGGAAGAUGUUCCAUCCGUUGCAGGUAAUCUUGCACCAAGGCCAGUUAUAUCGAGUCCGAUUCUGGAAGCUUCCACAUGUACUGCGAAAGAAUUAAUAUCACCGCUGCAAGGCUCAAAGACCUUGGGGCCAAUUCGUACUGCCCCUACCGUACCUGCGAUUUCUCCGGAUUUACGUCAAAGACCUGUUAGCAUGCAUUCCGGUACGGUACCGCAAAAACCUUUGCCAGAGGAGCCAAAAAAAGUUAGGGAAGGGAUUUCGUUAAAUAGGAUCGCAUCUUUUCUCAAACAGGAUAAACCUAAGGAGAAAGAACGUAAUCCGGUCGAAAGAAGUCAUUCGCUACCGAAGAAUCCAAAUCACCAAGUUAAAGUACCUAAGGCUGCAGACAAAGUUGCAUUAAGGAAUUUACAAAUUUCAAAGCCUAUAGUGCAGAAACAGAUAGAACUGCCUGUCGGUACUAUCCCUGUGGUUUCCGAUUCAGAAGACAUGGACGAUACUAAAGCCUUUGUCAAUAGGGCCCAAAGCAUGAGAGCUCCUACGACUCAAAAGCCGUCAUUGCAAAGCUUUGGAUCAAUGAGACAACCAGUUGCACCAAGGCCUCUCUCCGUAGCUGGUCGACCCACAGCCCCGCCACCACCUUUACCUAAUUCAAGUAACAAAGUCGAAAACGAAACAUCACAAUACCAAAAUCCAAAAUCCCAAAUCGAUUUGAAAUCGGUCGACUACGUUGACUGUAUAGAAGAGAAACCUGUACCUUUAGCGCAUAUUGACGAAGAAUCUGGAGAUAACAUUUACGCUAUAAUCGAAGAAAGUCCUGAAAAACACUCUAAACCUCUUCCUGGCGUGCCCGCGCCCAUAAAAACAAUUCCUCAACCUCCUCCUGUUGGAUACAAUACUCCUAAGCCCGUUCCUUCCAACUCUGGAAGUACAGAGAGCAUGGGUCUUUUAGGAGAAAUUGUAAAUGAAAUUCAGAAUCGCAACUUCGACUCUAUUUACUCCGCCGCAACGCUCUCUAGGAAAAAAGAGAAAGAGAAGAGAGAGAAAAACGCCGAAAAUAAUAGAGAUAGUACUUACAUGAACACUGAUCAUUAUCGAACACCGGAGAGCGUCUAUAGCAACUCCGGUGCAAAGUCCAGCACAGCCUCCACUACCAGUAGUGGCUACUUACACCCUUCAGCGGUAAACGUCCCGUCUUACUUGAAAGAACAAGAAAACAACAACGAUACGAAAGAGAUAGAAAAAUCGCCCCCAUCUCCCACAUUGAAAGCCAAUUCCAAAAUACCCACAUUCGCGAGGCAAGUAACACCACCUACUUUACGUAAUACAACCACGUUCAAAAAUGUUCCUCAAUCACCAAAAAAUCAAACAAAAAAUUCUAAUCUGCCCCCUAAAACUAUUUGCAAUAGUCCAGACUUAGUAUCUAGUUGCGCGAUGGUGGACACAAAGAACGUCAAAGCGCCUGAUGUUAUUAAUAACAAUAAAAUACCUAACGAUGCCCCUAAAGUAGCAACUAAACCCAAUGUGACUGUUAAACCAAAUGAUAAUAGACCACCUCUCCGAUCCGCCCCAACGCUCGACAAGAAAACGACAAAUAAAACACCAAACGUAACAAAGACUUCAAACCCUUCCUCGAAUAUUAACAAAUCCCAAACUGAAAAGACUCCUGCCAUUAAUCGUACGAAUUCAAAAGUAGAUUCUAAUGUCAAAGCAAUAGCUGAUAAUUUAAAUAAAAAUAAACCCAAAGUAGUGCCAAAACCUAGCACGAUAAGCGUUCAGAGAACGGAUUCCAAUAUCAAAACGAACACAACCAAAUUGUCCGCGAAGCCGUCGAAUGUUGCUAGUUUGCAACAGAAAUUCGAAAAUAGGAAAUCCCUAGGAAAAGAAGGUAUUAUUUCGAAAAAAUAG